GAACCGCUCCGGGUCUUCCCACCGCGUCCAGCCCGACGACCCCUGAGCGUCGAACCCCGCACCACAACAAGCCCCCGACGCGCACACCGCGCCGAUGCCAUCCAAGCGCCCGUCCCCCAGCGCCAUGGACGCCAUGGACGCCGCGGCGGCCUCCUCCCCUCCCUCCUCUCCAGGCUCGCAGAAGCGCCCGUCCCGCCCCAAGCUCCGCCUAGACCAGGGCCGCCCGGAGCCCAACCCUAGGUCCCGCGGCUCCCACUCGGGCAGCAACCCCUCCCGGAAGAGCGGGCGCAAGCGCAAUCGCAGGCCCCGCGCUCUCCCCGAACCCGACGCGGUGACCGCGCUCCCCGCCGAGCGCAGGCCCCGCGCGCUCCCGGAACCCGGCGCCGGGACCCCGUCCGCCGAGCGCAGGUCCCGGCCGCUCCCCGAGGCCGCCGCGUUGACCGUGCUCGCCGCGGCCACCGGCGCCGGAUACCGCGGCGCCGUCCAGAGGCUCUGGAGCGACGCCGACGAGGUCGCGCUCCUCAAGGGCGCCGCCGCCUUCCGCGCGCGCACCGGCCGCGUCCCGCGCCUCCCGGACAUGGGCCCGCUCUUCGACUCCAUCAGGGGCUCCCUCUCCCCGCACCUCGACCAGGCCAAGGUGUACUACAAGCUGAAGCGGCUCAAGAGCAAGUUCCUCCACGCGGCGCCGGCCGCCGCAGCGGGCCCGCACGACCUCCUCGUGCGCGACCUCUGCUACGACGUGUGGGGCGCCCACCUCGGCCUGUCUGCCGAGGACGACGCGGUGGAGGCCGAGGAGGAGGCUAGCGAGCGCCGCACUGUCCCAGACGCCGCAGCCAUGCUUCCGGUAGUCACCGAGGUGCUCGAUGCGUACUGGAAGACGAGCGGCCCGGCACUGUCCGGGGUGUCCCUGGAGAAGGGGCUGUCACUGCUAGGGACAGAAGCCGCGAGAUCCAUCGAAGCCAAGUGGAGGAAGCAGCUUGAUGAAGAGGUGCACUCGCAGAUGAGGCGGCACGAUCUGGCCAAGGAGGUUUACGGCUUGCUCCUUGACGCCAUUAAGCGCCUCGGGCCUUAGCUCGGGGACAAGUUGACGAGGUAUACCGAGCCAGCUAGGUGCCUCAUUAUAGGCUGAUCUCGUAGAUCUGUACUCAGCUGCUGACUGACAGGCCCUAACAAGAAGUAAUGAUCAGCGUUGAUACGCUAUAGCUGUACAAUCUGCAUGACUGCUUGUUGCGUGUAUUGGAUGUAUCAGAUACUUUAGGUUCAAAGGUGUCACUUCUGCUUCUGCUAUGUCUUUAGAUUUAGAUGUGAAAAUGAUUCAGACGCUCAACCGCUUCGUAACUGUUGUAACUUCGUCUCAGUGAUGUCAGGUCUGUAUUUUUCAAUUGUAAGAAUCCAGUAUUUUGAAUAUUCAUUGCUUUUAUGCUGUGGUUAGGAUCACUUGCUUAAUUUGUGCCAUUUAA